AUGUCUUCCUCCAAAGCGAUUUCCCGGCUAGAUGUUGAAAAUCCAGCGCUGUCGUUUGAAAAUCUGGGUACACCUUCUAUAGAUCCUGUUGCUUGCCAGAGGGUGUACACUCCAAAAUAUGUUAAGUCUUAUUCUCCGGACUGGUUUGGGUUUACAGUUCCAGGUGAUUCUGGGAACCUGUUAACAGGUGAGAUGAUGCCUCCUAGUGGACAAUGGACUAUGUUCACAGUGCCCGACCCAGAGUAUUUUCAUUUGGACGUUGAAUACAAAGUAGAUCCUUUUACAGCUGACCUUAUUGCCAACUGCCCACCGCCCCUUAAGAAGUCUAGCAGCGAGUGCCAUGCGGACUCUCCUGAGCCUUGUCGUAUUUGCUACAAUACUCAUGGCUUCAGUCAGUGUCCUUACGUAUGCUCUUCUUACCCUCGUGGGGCGGACUUUAACCGGGAAUACUUCGAGAUAGCCUGUCCUUGUUGUGUGGGUUACUCUUCCUUUGAUGUCGACAAAUGGGUUUGUAACGCAUGUGGCAGGAAGAUAGCAGCGCUCGCCCGAAAGUACUGUAUUAUUUGCCGCAGCUUUACAAAGCACUGCACCUAUGAAUGCCCUAAAGAUGAGGCUUUAGCUGCCCAACAUAAUCUUCUUCGGUACAAACCAAAGGCUUCCCCGUAUGUACCAGAGUCUUCCCUGAAUGACUCUUGA